UUAUCUUGUUUGAAAUAGUAAACGUUUCCAGUUGUAAAUUAAUGAAAACAUGAAAUGCAGGUCAGAAAUAUUGAAAAAUGUUUAUAAAUUUCCUUUUACCUAGAUUGAUUGCAAUAUUCAGUUUAGUCGGUAUUAAAAUCGUUGAGUGUAAUCAAUACAAGCAGGUGAAUAGUCUACUAAUAGACUUUGACUAUCUCGUCAGCCAACUUUACGUUCAGCAUUGCUCGUUUGUGGAAAUAGGUGAAGGGAUUUGCAGUCUGUUCGUGGAGCUAUCGCUGGGUGUGGGAGGUAACAGGAAGCCGCUACGGAGGCAGAUGUUCUUCGGCAACUGUCUGUGCUCAGAGUUCCGCUCCUGGCAGUUGUGUAGCCGACAGCUGGCUCAGCAAAGGUCCGAGGAUUGCGUGUUCGCUGAAGGACAGGAGUCCCCGACCAGCAGCGCCAGGGUCCACCGACGGCUCUGUGAUGUGACAGGAAUGACUCAGUGGAACCCUCAGUGUAAUUGUUCCGUUCCGCUGGCGGCUAACCCUCAGGAACCCAUGCGAGGUUUCCGGACUUGUUUCGCUAACCCGAUGCCAGCCUCGAUCUGCACCCCGCGCUCCGUCUGUGGAACGUCUCGCUGCGACCUCAGUCUUCACGGGUCGCUCUACGGAGUUAAGUGCGACAAGAGAUGCAAGGACCAUCAAUCGUUCUGCGAGAGGAAAGGCCCAGCCACCAGUGAGCGACGCAACGUAACCUCGCAGUGGUCCCAGUGGAGUCCUUUGUCCGGCGAGGACAGGUCUAACAUCCAGCAGUUCGAUGCAGAGUGCGUUGGUUCCAAUAACAGCACUGCUUUUGACUGCCUUGGACCUGGAUUGUUGUGUUGCAGCCCAGAGGAUAAGGACUGUAUCUGCGAAGUGAAAGUUGAGGAUGGUCACCUCAAAGCUUUCCGGUAUACUGUCUCACUAGAGAAGAACAUGUGCUCAGAUGAGGCUGAUCAAUCCUCAGUCAAAGUGAGAUCAGCAGGCUACAGGAGUAAUAAGGAUGAAGCCAAAGUUUGGAAUCGGUUCCUAGAUUUGGCUUCAAAGGAUGACGACUCAAAUUCUCUAUUCUACAGUCCGAAGUCAAACAGUAAGAAAAAUAAACCAAUUGACUCAGUUUUACUCAAACCAGAAAGUAAUAAGAUAGAUAGCAAUGUUAACCAACAAGUGGAAGACUUAAACGAUGGCAAAACAGUUGUUAAACAUCCACACGAGUCUAACUCUGAUCUUGGCACUCGUUUACAAGUCAAUGUGAGCCAGUUAUCAGCAGGUAGAUUCCCAGAAAGAAAUGGAAAUUUAUUGAAUAUUACAACAAUCUUCAUUGAAACUAAAGGUAAUCUACCUAGUAAUAAAACCAAAAUAUCAGAGAAAAACAAAUACUUUAACAAUGUACAUAGUUUUAUUAUUUCCAAUCAUAAUAUGACACAGAAAUCAUUACUGCAAACAGAACUUUUAAUGCCUUCGAUGAAUGAAAUAAGUGAUUACCGCUUUUCUCAUCCAACAAACAGGUACACAGAAGAAACUACAACUGUAAAAAUUGCUAAAAAGAAGGAGAAAUCUGCUUCUAAUUUGCAAGAUGUAAUUCCUACAGCCUCCUCACAUCAGCAAAUACUAGAAGAGAAGGAAAAUGUGUUAUCUAAUAAACAAUACAAGGAUAAUAAUAACAGUCAAGUGGCAAAUGAUCAAGGUUGGUUAACUUUAAACUUUGACAAUAAAAAUAAUGAACAUUCUACAGAAAACAUUAAUCAAAUUCACUUUGGAAAUGAAAUCAAUAAAGCAAUAGAGGGAAUUUCCCCUACACAUGGUAAUAAUGAAAGCAAUAAAAAUAAAAUGUUUAAUUUUCUAGACACUGUGGACAAUACUUAUGAAAAAAAUAGGAGCCAUGAAAUACUUCAACAUGAAGUAAAUGCGAGUUUGGGCAAAGACAAUGACCUAAUUCGCUUUUUAAAUAAAUAUAUCACAGAACUAAACAAUUCAAACUCGAUUUUAGGUGCAUUACAAAAUAAAAUAUUAAAUGAAGAUACGAGUAAGAUAUUUACAGAUAGCUUAAAAUCAACUGAAAUACCUACCCUUUCAGAUUCAAAUAUAUAUUUAAAUAUUACUAAUAGAUUGAUGAAUGUGAAUAAUGUUGACAUGAUUAAGAUAACAACAAGUAAAGUUGGUUCUGAGCAUAGUUUUCCACAUACUAAGGAUUAUAGAGAUCUAAAUACUACAAGAAAUAUAAAUAAGGCAUUGAAAGGCCAAGCUAAACCUACCAAACAUUCUAGUAAAACAAUAAAGAGUAAAGUAGAAUCUGGGAUUAAAAACAUACAUACAAAUACACUAACAUCUGAUAAAACUCUAAAAUUUGAUAUAAACGCUACAAGUUCAGAAGAUAAUAGGUAUACAUAUGAAACUAUAUCAAACAGAAACUACAGUGAGAUAACUGUAAAGCUGGAACAAGCAACAGAGCCAGCAACAGAAGUAGCAAUUUACAUUUCUGAUAUCGAAAACUUGUUACCAAACAUUAACCCUACAACAAACAAAAUUCUCAGGAAUCUAACUACAUAUUCGGGAAGAAGCAAUAUUGCUAAACAUAAGUUGAAGCUUCAGUCAAACUAUACAACAGAUGAUCCUCUACAAAGAGUGUUCAGUAAAGUUUCUGAGGACAUCACAACAGAUGGAAACACUGCACAUCCUCCCUUCUCUGUGCUAUAUGUAGAGCAAAGUACGCAAAGCAACUACGAUGAGCCUGAACCCAUUCUAAAGGACUUGGACAAGGAUACUGUAGACUACAGCUUGGUAGAUGCCCUCAACACAGGUAUCGGAAAACCCUACAGAGACAGGAGCCAAUACUUUUUCAGGGACAGAAAUGCCAAAAUAAACAAUGAAACCUUAUUUUCAUCAAAUAGAAGUAUUAUAAAUGAAACUUUUGGUGAUUAAAUAUAUUUAUAUUAAACAACUAAAUAGUA